AUGGCAUCUGAUCUGAGAGACGAGCUGACCUGCGCUAUCUGUACGGACAUUUAUAAAGAUCCUAUAACCCUGAUAUGUGGACAUAGCUACUGCCGGGUCUGUAUCACAAGAACAUGGGACAACCAGGAGGACAGAGAAUAUUCCUGUCCUGAGUGCAGACACAGCUUUAGGGUAAGACCAAACCUGCAAAGAGCUGUAAAACUGGCUAACAUAGUAGAGAGGUUCCUAUUUACUCACCCAGAGCAAGAGGAGGUUGGGAUCUCCUGUAUUUACUGUAUUCACUCUCCUAUACCUGCUGCUAAAACAUGUCUGCUGUGUGAAGCUUCUCUGUGUGAAGCCCACCUGAGGGUCCAAGGCAAGUCAGCAGAACAUGUCCUAACUGUACCCACCACUUCACUGGGGAAUAGAAAAUGUUCGGUCCACAAGAAGGUCCUGGAGUAUUACUGCUCUGAGGAUGCUGCCUGUAUCUGUGUGUCCUGCAGGCUGGAUGGAGAACACAUGGGACACCAGCUGGAGACUAUGAAUGAGGCCUCUGAGAAGAAGAAGAAGAAGCUGACCAAUAUUCUGCAGAAACUGACCUCAAAGAGAGAGAAGGCUGAGAAAAGAGUGCAGAGCCUGCAGGAGCUCAGGAGAGAAGUGUCAGAAAAAGCAACUGGGGUAACAGAGGAAGUCACUGUCCUGAUUAGGGGUAUCAAGGAACAGCUGGAAGCUCUAGAGAAGCGAGUCCUGAGUGAGAUCUCCAAGCAGGAAGAGCAUGUCUCACUCAGAGUCUCAGAUCUAAUCCAUCAGCUGGAAAUAAAGAAGGAGGAGCUGUCCAGGAAGAUGGGUCACAUUGAGGAGCUAUGUAACAUGAUGGACCCAUUAACUGUCUUACAAGAACGGGAAUCAGACAGAGCUGAUUAUUGUGAUACGGAGGAAGGAGAUAAUGAGGACAGAGAGAGAGAUGAUAACAAGGUCCAUGCUGGGGAUCUGGAUGUGGGUCUGAUCUCAGUGACCUUACACUCAGGAUUAGCUGGGAUUGUGA